CCAGGGAAAGAUGAGAAAAAAACAAGAGAGAUACUAUAGACUUUUAGUGGAAGACUAAGUCAAAAAGGUGCUGGUAGUAAAAUUUAUAAUUAUGAAUAUCUGGAAAUUCUAAAACACUGCAGUACUGCAUGAUGGAAGAGAUAUAUGAUUGUUGUAGGAGGGGGAAUUUGGGGUAGUUAGCCAUGGGAGAAUUUCCCCUGCUCUUUGUAUUUUCCUUACUAUUUUCUAUACUACCUAUUUCUCCAGCAAGAGAUGGAAUUGCACUUAAUGAUACCCUCCAAGAAGAUGAAACCAUCAUUUCAUCUGGAGGAAUCUUUGAGAUGGGGUAUUUUAGCCCCAACAAUUCCUUAAACCGCUAUGUUGGCAUAUGGUACAAGAAAAUUCCUGUGAAGACUGUGGUGUGGGUUGCCAACAGAGAAGUUCCGCUCAGUGCUAAUGCAUCGUCGGUUGUGCUGAGAAUCAUUAACCUAAGCCAACUUGCUCUUCUCAGUGAUAACAAUGACGUUAUAUGGUUUGCUAACAUGUCAUUGUCAAGAUCUGUACAAAAUCCAGUAUUGCAGUUGUUGGACUCGGGGAACCUUGUGGUGCGAGAUGGUGGUGAUUUGAACCCAGAAAAUUUCUUCUGGCAGAGUUUUGAUCAUCCAACAGAUACGCUCUUGCCAGGCAUGAAGGUGGGCUUUGUAACUGGCCAUGAGGUAUACCUUACAGCAUGGAAGAGUGAUGACAAUCCUGCACCAGCUGAAUAUUCAGUUCAUAUAGAUAAUACUGGAUAUCCACAAGGUUUCGUUAUGAAUGGUAUGGCAGUGACAUAUCGGAGUGGUCCAUGGAAUGGUGUGCGGUGGAGCGGAGUACCAAUGAUGGACAAAAAUCCCAUAUACACAUAUGCUUUGGUUAUUAACAAGCAUGAGGUUUAUACUAGUUAUUCUCUCAAUAAUAACUCAAUUAUAUCUAUAUUAGUUUUAACUAACACUGGUUUUAUCGAGCGCUUGGUGUGGGUUGGUGGGAUGAAAAAUUGGAUUACUUUUGGAAAAUUUCCUACAGAUUCUUGUGACAUGUACAGAGCAUGUGGUGCAAAUGGCAUUUGCAACAUUUAUAAUUUUCCCAUUUGUGGAUGUUUGGAUAAGUUUCUUCCCAGAAACCAAGAAGCAUGGAACAUUGCAGAUUAUUCUGGAGGAUGUGUUCGGAGGAGGGGACUGCACUGCAACAACGGAACAGAUAUAUUUGUGAAGUAUCCUGGCAUUAAAUUGCCAGAUACAAAGUACUCCUGGUAUGAUGAGACGAUGACACUCCAAGAGUGCGAGCAAGUUUGCUUGAAGAACUGCUCUUGUACUGCUUAUUCAAGAUUGGAUAUUAGGAAUGGGGGAAGUGGCUGUUUGCUCUGGUUCGGGGACUUGAUUGACAUUAGAAAGCUAUCUGAUAGAGGUCAAGACAUAUAUAUCAGACUGGCUUCUUCUGAGCUAGAUAAGAAUACAACUCAUGGAUUCUUGAAUGGCUCCAAAAGGAAACAUGGUAAUAAGUCGGAACUACUUGCAGCCAGUUUGUCAUCAGUUAUGGGAUUAAUUCUCGUAGGGCUGAGCUUGAUGUUCUGUUUGUGGAGAAAGAAGACUGAAGUACUGCAUGAUCAUGAAUUUGAGCUACCAAUUUUUGACUUUCCUACCAUAGCUAGAGCUACCAACAACUUUUCAGCCGACAACAAGCUUGGACAGGGUGGUUUUGGACCUGUUUAUAAGGGUGUCCUAGAAAAUGGACAGGAAAUUGCUGUGAAGAGGCUCUCCAAGGCAUCUGUGCAAGGAAUUGAUGAGCUCAAGAAUGAAGUUAUCUUUAUUGCAAAACUUCAACAUCGAAAUCUAGUGAGUCUUCUGGGAUGCUGCAUUCAACGGGAAGAACAGAUGUUAAUCUAUGAGUACAUGCCUAACAGAAGUCUGGAUCUCUUCAUAUUUGACCAUGAAAAAAAGAAGCUACUUGAUUGGCCAAAGCGGUUCAACAUAAUCAAUGGAAUUGCCCGGGGUCUAAUGUAUCUUCAUCAAGAUUCCAGGCUUAGAAUUAUUCAUAGGGAUCUCAAAGCUAGCAACGUUUUGCUAGACAUAGACAUGAACCCAAAGAUAUCAGAUUUUGGAUUGGCUAGGAGUGUUGGAGGAGACGAGACUGGAGCAGACACAAGCCGAGUUGUUGGAACACAUGGCUAUAUGUCUCCAGAAUAUGCAGUACUUGGAAUUUUUUCAAUUAAAUCAGAUGUGUUUAGCUUCGGUGUCUCAUUGCUAGAGAUUGUCAGCGGCAUGAGAAAUAAAGGAUUUUCUUUAAAAGAUCAAUACCACACCCUUCUUGGGCAUGCAUGGAAACUUCAUGGCGAUGGUAGAUCAGCUGAACUAGUGGACGAGCAUAUAGUCGCUGAACCAGAUGAUUUGUCUCAAGUUCUAAGGUCAAUCCAUGUCGGCUUGCUGUGCGUGCAGCAAUAUCCCGACGACAGGCCUACCAUGUCUGAGGUAGUUCAGAUGUUAACUCAUGAUGCUGUGCUGCCUGAACCUAAAGAACCCGGUUUCUUCACAGGAAGACCGCUAUCUGCUAGUACUCAAGCUUCAUCAAGCUCAAGCACACAACCCGCUGCAUGUUCGAUAAACGAAGUUUCCCUCAGUUUGGUCGAUCCUAGGUAGUCUGAUCUGUGCUCCAUGCUGAUUAUGAAUUUUACUUGUUAAGUUGUGUUCUCACAGAAUGUCAUGCUUUAGUUUCAUCCACGCCAUCUUCUCUGUAUCAAAGUGAACAUUGAAAGAUUAUAUUCCAGGUUAUUAAAAUUGUUUGUUAAUCCCUUUCCAAAGGAAAAAAAAAAU